AUGGCACCUGGUGUAUGGGAAGACAUGAUAUCCGACAAGCUGAUAGAGACAGCGAAAAUAACUUGCGGUUUGAGUUUUAAUUAUCAUACCAUCACAUGGGAUGAAAGUUCUGGCACAUUCCGAGGCUAUUGUCAAUGUGGAAGUAUACUAUACGGGAUAAUAAACAAUGAAGAUACUAAAAAGCAAGUGGAAUUUACAUGUACAAUUACAAAAGGUAGUGGAAAAUGUGGUAAGCGAUGGUUACGAGGUAAAAAAAGGGAAGAUACAGUAGCAGAAAUGGGAGAGAAGACAGUGAAUGUCUACCGCGCAGAGAAAGCAGAAGAAAAAAUGGAACACGGCGAACAAGAACCUCCAAAUUUACCUUCUUCACCAGUUCUUCGUACCGCUAGAUAUGAAGAGAGAAAGAAAAAAUUUUUGCACACUGAUCCAAUUCAAGCUCUACAAAUACUAAAAUACACAGAUGGAAAAUUCAUAAUUAGAAAUAUCGGCUUUGAUCCAUUUUACGUUCAUUAUUGGAGUAGACACCAAUUAAAUAUUUUUCGUGAUUAUCAUGCUAGAGAACCCAGUUGUUUAGGCAUCGACGCUACAGGGAAAAUUAUGAAAAAACUCGUCAAAUACGGUGAAAUAAAGUCAAAAUCAAUUUAUCUGUACCAUGGCGUAAUUAGAUUAAACGAAGGCCAAUUUCCAGUUCUGCAGAUGAUAAGUGAAAGCCAAAAUACGAACUCGAUUCAUUUUUGGCUGAAUGAGUGGAUUCGUUCAGGUGCACCUUCACCAAGUGAAGUCGUGAUUGACGGUGGUCGCGCUAUUAUCACUGGUGCUAUUAGAGCCUUUACUAAUCAUUCUACAAUAAAUGAGUAUGCAGAUGCAUGUUAUGGCCCAACUCUGCCACCAUGCUAUGUAAGAAUGGACAAUGCUCAUUUCAUACAUACAUGGGUUCGUUUAUUGAAAAAUGUCCAUCCUACAGUGAGUGUUUAUUAUAAAGCUGCAAUAGGGAAGCUCAUUAUGACAACAAGCAGAGAAGAAGCUAAGAAAAUCGUCAGAAAUAUCCUAAUAUUAUCACAAUCUGAAACUUAUCGUGUAUUAGAUGAUGGAAGAGAUACGGAAGCUGAAAAAUCAUAUAAGUAUUUGAAGGCGUUAAUAACAGAUGGAAACGACUUUGAUUUUGAUGAAGAUGAUCCUGAAAAGCCAUUUGAGGAAGAAAUUGAUACUGAUGAAGAAGAAGACAAUCAACCGGAUGACAAAGAUGGAGAUAAAACAAAAAAUAAAAAAAGAAAAAUCUCUAAUCAAUGGUUAGAGUGGGGAAAUGAAGCUAAUAAUGAAGUAGCAGUUUUAAAACAAACUGAAAAAGGUGACCGAGUGAAUGCUCAUUUUAAUCCAGCGGUUGCAAAAAAAUUUAUUGAUGAUCUACCUGACUUACCGUUAUGGUCAUGUGUGAUAAGAGACGAAUUUGGCUUCGGUCGAAUACCGGCAUCGAGUUCCUUUGUGGAGAGCGAUUUCAACAGAGUUAAAAAUUCUUUUUUAAAAAAUGAAGUCCUACCAAUGAGAGUUGACGAAUACGUGCAUAAAUAUACGAAAUUUUUGAACGGCCGAUUAAAAAUAGUUAAUGCAAAAGUCGAACAAUCAAUAAACCAAGAACAAAGAAUUCAUGAACCAAAAAAUCAAGAACAAAAAAUUUCAGAACCAAAAAACCAAAAACAAAGGAAUCAUAAACAAAUAAAUCAAGAACAGACGGAUGAAGAACAAAUAAAUGAAGAACAAAUAAAUGAAGAACAGACGGAUGAAGAACAAAAAAAUCAAGAUGAAACUAGCCAAGACUUCGAUAUCCUCAAUCACCAUGAUAAAACCUUUGAUAAUUCGGAAAUUUCGUUAUUAUCAGAUAUUAUCACAUGUCCUGCAUGUAUCCGAGGAGAGAAACCUCCAGGCAAUCACAAAUGCUUUAUUUGUUACAAACCAAUUCACAAUCUAGACUCGUGUUCCAGUCCUUUAAGUUCAGAAGAAGGUUUCAGUCAGAAGCGAAUUUGCAAGAAAUGCGAAAAACAAGGAAAUAUUGAAAUAAUUAUUGCAUCUCGUGAAAAAGAAAAUUGGGGCGGUGAAACAAUAAAAAUUCCUACUGCAAAGAACAGUCAGACUGAAACGAAAAAUAAGUCAAUGCAGAUAAUUGUCAAAAAAAAGCCGGCCAAGUAUUUGGGAGAUCAACCGGCUUUAAUAAACGAACAAAUACGAUAUAACAACAAAAAUAAAAGUAAACGUAUAGUGUUGAUAAAAAAUGGCAGCCAUAGUGAUUUGGGAGCUACUAAAAUCGACGGCAGAGCGGUUAAUGCGAUAUUAACGUGCGCUUUUGAUAGUCUAUAUCAAAUCAUUGCUGCAACUAUUUGUGAUUGGCCUAAUUUCCAAUCGAAG